AUGUCCCCUACUCUCGAAAGCUUUGUCACUGUUGCUCCUGAAUCCCACUUUCCUAUCCAAAACAUCCCCUUUGGUGUCUUUUCAGCCGCACAAAAUGAAACCCCUCGUGUUGGUACUGCCAUUGGCGACUUGAUCCUUGAUCUCCACGUUAUUGCCCAAGCUGGUCUCUUGGAUGGCAUCGAAGGUUUAAACAACCCUGCUAGUGUGUUUGGACAGUCUACCUUGAACGAUUUUAUGGCACUGGGUCGUCCCACUUGGCGUGCAACUCGUGCUGCUAUCCAAAAGAUCUUGUCCAAGGAUAAUGCACAAUUACGUGAUAACCAAGAACUAGUGAGCAAGGCUCUUGUCAAGCAAGCAGAUGCACGUAUGCACCUCCCUGCAAAGAUUGGUGACUAUACUGAUUUCUAUUGUUCCCGUGAGCAUGCCACCAACGUUGGUAUCAUGUUCCGUGGCAAGGAUAAUGCUUUGCAGCCCAACUGGCUCCAUAUCCCUGUUGGCUAUCAUGGUCGUGCUUCAUCCAUUGUUGUUUCUGGUACCGAUCUUCACCGCCCUGCAGGUCAACGCAUUACUCCCCAAAACAAGACUGAGCCCUUCUUUGCCCCAUCUGCCAAACUCGAUUAUGAGCUCGAAGUCGGUUGGUUUGUUGGUACCGGUAAUCCUCUUGGCAAGCGUAUUGAAGUGGCUGAUGCAAGCGAACACAUUUUCGGCAUGGUCCUUGUAAAUGACUGGAGUGCACGCGAUAUUCAAGCGUGGGAAUAUGUGCCACUUGGUCCAUUCCUUGGUAAAAACUUUGGCACCACCAUUUCUCCUUGGAUUGUCACCUUGGAUGCUCUUGAGGAAUUCCGUGUGAGUGGUCCAUCACAAGCAUCCCCUGAACCUCUCGCCUACUUGAAGGAAAAUAAGGAUACUGCAUACGACAUCAAUCUUGAAGUCCAAAUCAAGCCAUCCAACUCAUCCGCAUAUGAACGUGUCACCUUGUCCAAUCUAAAGUACAUGUAUUGGUCUGUCACCCAACAACUCGCACACCAUACCGUCAAUGGCUGUAAUAUGCAAUCCGGUGACAUGUGCGCCACUGGUACCAUUUCUGGACCUGAUAAUGAAUCGUUUGGCUCAUUGCUCGAAUUAUCAUGGAACGGCACCAAAAAGAUCAACUUUAAGGAUGGUAAUGAGCGGACAUUCUUGGAGGAUGGUGAUGAAGUCAACAUGACAGGAUACGCCAAGAGCUCUGCUGGUUACGUUAUUGGCUUUGGUGAUUGCCGAGGCAAGGUCUUGCCCUGCCUAUACCAAUAG